AUGUCAAGGUUCCGGAUGUCUCGUAUGUCGUUACGGCAUCGUGGAGCUAAUCCUCCACUCCUGCUCGUCUUUCGGUUGCUCCUCCACCUCCUCCUCCUCUUAGUAGCACAGCCUUCAAAAGUGUUGGACCGUGCCUACGACGAAGCUCUUUCGCUACUCGACACCGCCAAAGGAAUCUCUCGCUCUAGUCACGAGUCCGCACCCGCUUGCGCGGACCUCGUUAGCCAUCGAUUUGUGCUCGACUGGGGUCUGCUGCGCGCGGCGUUGUAA